CGCGACGUGAUACAAGUCACACACGUGCACAUCGCAUUCCUCGUUCGUCGUCGAUUUCAUCGAUCAACUCGGAUUCACUUCAAAUUUCGAAUUCAUUCGCAGGUGAUAGCGGCGUGCGGCAGCGCGGCAAAGUGCGACCUCGCGCGCGACAAGGGAGCGUUCGCGACGAUCGACUACUCCUCGCAGCCGCUGCACGACAAGGUCAAAGCGAUCACGGAAGGUCGCGGGGUCGACGUCAUCAUGGACUUUGUGGGCGGCGACCUCUUCAAGCAGUGUCUGAAAUGUAUUGCAUGGGAAGGAAGGAUCGUCAUCGUGGGUUUUGCAUCAGGAUCUGUGCAGCAGAUACCAGCCAACGCUGCUCUUCUUAACAGCUGCUCCAUCAUGGGCAUCUGGUGGGGAGAGUACAUGCAGAGGGCGCCAGAAGUACUGCAG